AUGAUUUUAAUAUUUUCAUUUUGUUUAAUUAAUAUAUUAUUUUUAAAUUUUAUAAAAUGUGAUAUUCCUGUUCACUGUUUAAGUAGACACGUGGAAGGGAAGUGGGAGAUACACCUGGGUCUCUUGAAAAAAAAAAAGAAUUCGAAACAAAAAAGUAUUGAAGGUGUUACAUGGAAUGAUGGAGUAGCUAGGAAUAUAAUGGAAGAUAAACAAAAAGGAAACCACAACAAUGAUAAUAAUAAUAAUAAAAAUAAUGAUGAUAAUAAUGAUGAUGAUAAUAAUGAUGAUGAUAAUAAUGAUGAUGAUGAUGAUAAUUAUGAUUAUCAAUGUGGAUAUAAAAGACCUGACAACGCUGAUUAUCAUGAUGAUUUGAACCCAGAGAAUGAAGACACUAAAAAACGAUUUGAAGAAAAAGAUAAAAGAUUUAUCGUGUUCAAUAAAGAUAGAUCAUUAAACAUUUUGAAAGAGAAUGAAGAAAUUAAUUAUACUUAUAGUGGUCAUUGGAAAAUAAUUUAUGAUGAAGGAUUAUAUAUAGAAGUAUAUAAAGAGAAUGAAAGUAAAGAAGUUUAUUUUUCUUUUUUUAAGUUUAAACAGAUAGGUGAUAUUUCUUAUAGUUAUUGUAAUAGCUUAAUUAUGGGUGUUGUUAAUAAAUAUUCUUUAGAUAAUAAUAUAUGGAAUAUGUCAUAUGAAGAGAAUAUAGAAGAAAAUAUAACAUCUGAUGAUAAAAAUAAUAAUAUACAUUUUUUUCAAGAUGAAAAAAAAAGUAUUUUUAAUAUUAAUGAUAAUAAUAAAGAGAUAAAUACUAAUAUAUCACAUAUUUAUAUGUUAAGAAAAAAUGUAACUUUUUUCAAAAUCAAAAAUAAUAAAACAAACAAACCAAAAAGAAAAGGAAAAAGAAAAAAAAUUAAAGAAAAUAUUAUAAUAACUAAAGGUAGUAGUAAUAAUAAUAAUACAAAUUUAAUUCCAAAUGAUGAUAAUUAUAAUAAGAUGGUUAAAGAAAAAAACUUUUUUGAACUUAUUGAUUAUUAUAAUGAUAAUUAUAUUAACUCUGAUCAUUUACAAAUGCAAAAAUAUUGUUGGUAUGCUAAAAAGGUGGAAAAAAAUUCUGAACAACCAACAAAUAAAAUACCUAUUCAGAGUAUUUCACCUUUAUCUGUUAAUGCAGAUGAAUAUAAUAAAUUAUAUAAUGAAAAAAAAAAAAAUAAUAUAAUAAAAAAGCAUGAAAAUAAUAAUGUGUCUAUUUUAAAUGAUGAUAAUAAUUUACAAGAUAAUAUUAUACAUCUUAGGAGAGAUAAAAAUAUGAUCACAAAAUAUAAGACAGGUUUACUUAUUAUGAAUAAUAAUAAUAAAUAUGAGAAAAAGAAUAGUUUAUUUUAUAAAUAUAAAGAUAAAAAUAUAAACUUAAAAAAUUUUAAUUGGUAUAAUAAAGAAGAUAUAAAAAUGAGAUUAGGGCUUUAUAUAAAAAUAUUAGAUGAUGCUAUAGAUCAAAAAGAUUGUGGUUCAUGUUAUGCUAAUUCAGCUGCUUUUAUAAUUAAUAGUAGAGUAAGAAUAAAAUAUAAUUAUAUAAAAAAUAUCGAUUCUUUAUUUUUUAGUAAUGAACAAUUAAUAUUCUGUGAUAUAUUCAAUCAAGGAUGUAACGGUGGAUAUAUAUAUUUGUCUUUAAAAUAUGCAUAUGAAAAUUUUUUAUAUACACAAAAAUGUUUUCAAAAAUAUAAAAAUAAAAAUAUAUAUAAUACUAAAAGAGAUGAUUCUGAAUAUUAUAAUGAAUUACACAAUGCUGAUGAUAAUUCUUUAUUAUGUGAUACAUUUAAUCUUUUUAAAAUGAAACAUGAGCAAAAUAAACUUAAUAAAAUAAAGAUAAAGCAACAAAUAAGUAUGGAUACAACUAAUGAUUCUAAUAAUGAGGAGGAAUAUAAAGAAAAAAAUGAUGAUAAUGGUCACUUAUUACUAUUAUCGUCAUCAUCAUAUGAAGUCAAGGAUGAUAAUAAAAAAAAAAAUAAAAUAAAUAACAUUCAAACGAACAACAUAAUGAAUAAUAAUAAUAAUAAUAAUCAUAAUAAUAAUAAUAAUAAUAGUAGUAGUAAUAUUAGUGAGGAUGUAUUAAAUGAAAAUUAUAUUUUAAUGGAUCAAUAUCAAUAUAAUAAUAAUAUUGAUACAUAUGAUAUUUCAAAAUUAAAUUCUUGUGAUGUAAAAAUAAAUAUAUCAAAAUUCGAAUAUUUAGAUAUUCAAAAUGAAGAAGAAUUAAAAAAAUAUAUUUAUUAUAAUGGACCUGUAGCAGCAGCUAUAGAACCUUCAACUGAAUUCAUAGGAUAUAAGAAAGGAAUUAUAUCAGGCAAUUAUAUUAAAAUGCAAGAUGGAAAUAAAAAUAAUGCUUAUAUCUGGAAUAAAGUUGAUCAUGCUGUAGUUAUAGUUGGAUGGGGAGAAGAUACCUUUCAUAAUUUUAUUAAAAAAAAUAAUCUAUCAAAAGAACAAAUAAAAAAUAUAUCAACAAUAAUAGAAAAAAAUAAAAACAACAAUAAUAAUGAUAAUAAUAAUAAUGAUAAUAUUAUAAAAUAUUGGAAAGUAUUAAAUAGUUGGGGUGUCAAAUGGGGUAAUAAAGGAUAUUUUUAUAUACUAAGAAAUAAUAACUCUUUUAAUAUUAAAUCAUAUAUUCUAGCAUGUGAUGUUAAUUUGUUUGUAAAGCAACAAUAA